CCCUGGAGUUUCUAUCUACUUCCCAAAUAUUGAAAAACCAUUUGAGUCAUUUAUGUGGAUUGAUCGCGAGGGUGAAGAUUCAAGUCCGAUCAAUCUCUGAAGAAUCAGAUAGGAGACGAACCAAAGAGAGCCCCAGAAUUCUUCCAUUCAUUUAUGUCCUUGCCGGAUAUGGUUGAUGUUGCUGAUAAAUUAGCCUACUUCCAAGCGAUUACAGGCUUAGAAGAUCCCGAAAUCUGCACUGAAAUCCUUGCUGCUCACGGUUGGGACCUUGAACGGGCUGUUUCUUCUUUUACUUCCACCAAUUCGGACUCCUCUGCUUCCGCCGCCGUCGAUGGUGGUGGUGGCGACGACGAUCAUUUUGACCAUGCAACGCGCCAAAUCCUCGACAGACAGGAACAGCAAGAAAAUGCCGCUCCGGCCCCGAGUUUGGCUUGGAAAAUCAUUACACUUCCGAUUUCUGUGAUUUCUGGUAGUUUAGGGCUUGUUUCGGGUGCUGUUGGUUUGGGAUUAUGGGCUGCUGGUGGUAUUCUUUCGUAUUCUCUUGGAGUGAUCGGGUUAGGGUCUGGUUCUGGCCAGAACGCUGAGUCGUCGGCUCGGUUGGUUUCUGUGUCUGCUGCAGCAUCGGAGGCUAUUGAUUUUGUGUCGGCGUUUGAGAGGGAUUUUGGGACGACUAGGCCGAAUUUUGUGGGGGAAGGGUUCAUGGACGCGUUGCAGCGUUCGAGAAAUGCGUUUAAGCUCUUGUUUGUUUACCUGCACUCUCCUGAUCAUCCGGAUACGCCAUUGUUCUGCGGCAGGACCUUGUGUUCGGAGACUAUUGCAGCGUUUGUGAAUGAGAAUUUUGUUUCGUGGGGAGGGAGUAUUCGCGCUAGUGAAGGUUUUAAGAUGAGUAAUAGCUUGAAAGCAUCGAGAUACCCAUUUUGUGCCGUGGUUAUGGCAGCUACAAAUCAGAGGAUCGCAUUGCUUCAGCAGGUAGAGGGACCAAAAACUGCUGAAGAAAUGCUAGUGAUUCUACAGAGAGUUCUUGAAGAAAGUUCUCCUGUUCUGGUUUCAGCAAGGCUUGAUGCAGAAGAAAGAAGAAAUAACAUGCGAUUGAGGGAGGAACAAGAUGCUGCUUACAGAGCGGCCCUUGAAGCAGAUCAAGCCAGGGAACGACAAAGGAGGGAGGAGCAAGAGCGUCUGGAAAGAGAAGCCGCUGAAGCUGAGAGGAAGAGGAAAGAGGAAGAAGAAGCGCGUGAGAGAGCUGCUCGUGAAGCUGCAGAAAGAGAGGCUGCUUUAGCCAGAAUGCGGCAGGAGAAAGCAAUGUCACUUGGUGCUGAACCUGACAAAGGACCUAAUGUUACACAAGUGUUGGUGCGGUUCCCUACUGGAGAACGCAAGGAAAGGAGGUUUCACAGUAGCGCAUCGAUCCAAACUCUCUACGACUAUGUCGAUUCCUUGGGUUGUCUGGAGGCUGAUGGUUAUAAUCUGGUUUCAAACUUCCCUCGAGUUGUUUAUGGCACCGAGAAGCUCUCCCUAUCCUUGAAAGAAGCUGGACUGCACCCUCAGGCCAGUCUUUUUGUGGAGCUAACCUCGUAAAGUCUCGAACCGAUGGUAGAAUGGUCGAAUAUAGUUGAAGAUGAAACCUGUGAGACAUAUAUUUUAUUGUACCUUACUUUAUUCUGAUUAGAGCCCCUUUGUUGACAGUAUUAAUGUUUCAGGUUUAUAGUAGAUGCAUAUUUAGUAUAAUUUAAAAUGGUGGUAACGAAUAAUUGUCUUAAAAUUUCUGUGUAAUUUUAGAUUUUGGGUCAUAUUUGAGGUCUCA